AUGUCGCGAAAGCAACAAUCCAGCGAGAAACAUCUAGCAUGUAUUCGCUCCUCAUUCCGACUUUGGCCCCCCCCCAUCAAACUAUCACUUUCAAUUCCAAAUUCUGGUGGUUUUGCACCCAAAUCGCUUAUGACUUCCAAACGGGUGAUUGGCAUCGUGAUUUCAGGCGGUUUGGUACAGCAGGUCAAAGGUAGGGGGAAUGCUUGUGUCACAGAACUUCGCUUCUCAAUCACAAAGACAUUUCUCUUGUCCUUGUCGUCGGACAACUUCUGGGAAUGUGGUGACUUCCAGCGAGGUUAUAAAAGCUCAACUCGUCCCGCUCCAAGAUUCUUCAGCAACUUCCUGCUACUGUUCUCAUUUCUCAAAGCAUCCGCAACAUGUCUCAGUCUCACGAGGAUAAUAUUGAGCACUGGAUCGAGGCCCACCACAGGGUUGAGCCAGCCUCCAACCUCACCAACGGCCAGGAAAUCCACGUUUUCGCCGUCCAGCGAACCCCGGUCUUCGGUUCCAAAGCUUCGGCUGGAACGUGCUAUGAUGUUUCUUGGAGUUUUGGCCCUGCUACCUUCUCGGUCGAGGCUUGCUUCGAUAUCACCUGAGUCAGGCUCGAUCUCCAUCUGUCUCUACGUCAAGAUCCCGUUCUUCUCCAAACAAAAGCUUGGAUGUGCCACUGGGAGUAUUACGGAGGGGAUUUCUAUUGGGUUUGAUUGGAAGAUUGUUUCUGGGAAGUUCACGUUUACGGUUAAGGAUAAAUGGUUGUGGUUGCAUUAUGAUGUCAAAGUCCUCGGGACGUCUUGGAAUGGUGAUCUUAAGUUGAUUCCACUUCCUUUCCUCUAG